GAGAGAAGGGAGGGGAACAAGGAUAGAGCGCUCGCCAACGGCCGACGCUCCAGGCCGUCCCGCCCAGCGCAGCCUCACCCAAUCACAAUGCUCAGAUCGGGAGGUGGAGCCAAUCAGGUCCAACCAAGAGGAGGGGACACCGGCACUCCACUAGCAGGAAAACGGGCAGAGGGACCGCAAGCAGGGGGUGCCUAGUCCUCGUCCCCCAAAGACCAAUCGUAAGCCAGAUACAGGCGAGUGACUGUCAAGAAGGCCAAUUAGAGCCUCCGAAGGGAAUCUGGACCUGCCUCUUCUCUGAGGGACGGCUCUACCUACCAAUAGCAUGGGCGAGAAGGCGGUCCCUUUGCUAAGGAGGAGGCGGGUGAAGAGAAGCUGCCCUUCUUGUGGCUCGGAGCUUGGGGUUGAAGAGAAGAGGGGGAAAGGAAAUCCGAUUUCCAUCCAGUUGUUCCCCCCAGAGCUGGUGGAGCAUAUCAUCUCAUUCCUCCCAGUCAGAGACCUUGUUGCCCUCGGCCAGACCUGCCGCUACUUCCACGAAGUGUGCGAUGGGGAAGGCGUGUGGAGACGCAUCUGUCGCAGACUCAGUCCGCGCCUCCAAGAUCAGGGUUCUGGAGUCCGGCCCUGGAAGAGAGCUGCCAUUCUGAACUGUACACCUUCCCCAGAACCUCCCGUUCUCCUUGCCUCUGUCCCGCCUUAGCCUUCCUGCUCUCUAAAGUCCCCUGAUGACCCCCACACUCCCAACAGUGCUUCCAGGGCCCCUUUCUCCGGAAGAAACAGACACGAAGUGCCUGUAUUUCCAGGCAUUUGGAGGCCGCCGCCGAUGUCUCAGCAAGAGCGUGGCCCCCUUGCUAGCCCACGGCUACCGCCGCUUCUUGCCCACCAAGGAUCACGUCUUCAUUCUUGACUACGUGGGGACCCUCUUCUUCCUCAAAAAUGCCCUGGUCUCCACCCUCGGCCAGAUGCAGUGGAAGCGGGCCUGUCGCUAUGUUGUGUUGUGUCGUGGAGCCAAGGAUUUUGCCUCGGACCCAAGGUGUGACACAGUUUACCGUAAAUACCUCUAUGUCUUGGCCACUCGGGAGCAGCAGGAAGUGGUGGGUACCACCAGCAGCCGGGCCUGUGACUGUGUUGAGGUCUAUCUGCAGUCUAGUGGGCAGCGGGUCUUCAAGAUGACAUUCCACCACUCAAUGACCUUCAAGCAGAUCGUGCUGGUUGGUCAGGAGACCCAGCGGGCUCUACUGCUCCUCACAGAGGAAGGAAAGAUCUACUCUUUGGUAGUGAAUGAGACCCAGCUUGACCAGCCACGCUCCUACACGGUUCAGCUGGCCCUGAGGAAGGUGUCCCACUACCUGCCUCACCUGCGCGUGGCCUGCAUGACUUCCAACCAGAGCAGCACCCUCUACGUCACAGACCAGGGGGGAGUGUAUUUUGAGGUGCAUACCCCAGGGGUGUAUCACGAUCUCUUUGGGACCCUUCAAGCCUUUGACCCCCUGGACCAGCAGAUGCCGCUUGCUCUCUCACUGCCUGCCAAGAUCCUAUUCUGUGCUCUUGGCUACAACCACCUUGGCCUGGUGGAUGAAUUUGGCCGAAUCUUCAUGCAAGGAAAUAACAGAUACGGGCAGCUAGGAACAGGGGACAAAAUGGACCGAGGGGAACCCACACAGGUUCGUUACCUGCAGCGGCCCGUCACCCUGUGGUGCGGCCUCAACCACUCCCUGGUGCUGAGCCAGAGCUCAGAGUUCAGCAAGGAGCUGCUGGGCUGCGGCUGUGGGGCUGGGGGCCGCCUCCCAGGCUGGCCCAAGGGGAGUGCCUCCUUCGUCAAGCUCCAAGUCAAGGUCCCUCUGUGUGCCUGUGCCCUCUGUGCCACCAGGGAGUGCCUAUACAUCCUGUCCAGCCACGACAUUGAGCAGCACGCCCCCUAUCGCGACCUGCCAGCCAGCAGGGUGGUGGGGACUCCCGAGCCCAGCCUGGGGGCCAGAGCACCCCAGGACCCCGGGGGGAUGGCCCAGGCCUGCGAGGAGUACCUCAGCCAGAUCCACAGUUGCCAAACGUUGCAGGACCGCAUGGAGAAGAUGAAGGAGAUCGUAGGGUGGAUGCCCCUGAUGGCCGCACAGAAGGACUUCUUCUGGGAGGCCCUGGACAUGCUGCAGAGGGCUGAAGGAGGCGGGGGUGGUGUAGGGCCCCCAGCCCCUGAGACCUAAUCCCCCUCAUGCUAGCCUAGUCCCUGGAGGGAGUCCGGCCCCAGGCCAGGGACUAAGGAGCAAUGACCAUUGUGCGCAUGCGUGUGGGAAGGGGUUGCUAGGGGGUGGGGACGGCUAACCAGGGUAAGACAGGGAAUUGUUUUGUAAAAUGUUCAGGGGGCUGCCCAGGAGGGGCCCCCAACCUGACUAUCAUGGACAAGAGAUUUGAUGGAUAGAAUAAAAGGCUGCAGCGA